AUGACCCAGAACAACAACCAACUCGACUCCCCCUUCGAGCUCAUCCAGCUCGGCGGCGCAGUCGGCGACGUCGUGUUCGUGUCUGCCCCGGCGACGGACGCCCAGCCCAACGCGCCUGUCGCCGCCUCCUCUGCCCACGGUGCUCCUCCCGCCGGCGCGAUGCUUCAAGUUGCAAAUGCCCCCGCCGCCCCUGUUGUCGCCGCGCCUGCCGCUGCCGCUCCCGUUGCCGCGCCUGCCGCUGCCGCUCCCGUCGCCGCGCCUGCCGCUGCAGCUCCCGUCGCCGCGCCUGCCGCUGCCGCUCCUGUUGCCGCGCCCGGUGUCGCAGCUCCCGUUGCCGCGCCCGCUGCUGGGCCUACUGCCGCGCCGGCUGCCGUCGCCGCCGUAGCCCCAGCUCCCCCAUUCGGCAGCCUCAAUCCUCUCGAGAAUCGCGCGGGCAUCCCCCUUGCGGUGGUGCCCUCGGCCGACCUGAUCUACGACCCCAGCACCAUCGUCAACGACGCCAGCAAGUACUACGCGAUUUCCCGCGGCCGCUGCAUCGGGGUUUUUGACAAGAGUUCCACCUAUGUUCGCGCUACCGCCCGCGUCUCCGGUCCCAUUUCCUGGUGCCCCGACACCCUCAAUGCGGCGUUGGAGUGGUUCAACGAGCAACGCGCAAUGGGCAUGUGCGAGAUAGUCGCCUGA